GUGUUAACAUAAGUAGGCUAAUCAUAUGUCCUUUGUAAAGUUGAAUUGGAGGCGUGUGCUGUCGCAGUGGGAGCGCACAGAGGAAGGGAGGGCAAUCUUGUCCGGACGCUAAUAAGACCCAAUGGCUGGUGCAAGGUGGCCAGGAGCGCUGAAACGCGACAGAAGACGGUGGACGAAAGAGAGAAGGAAGAAACAAAACAAAACAAGAGUCUCAACGGACGCAUUUCUGGAUGGACAAAGAGGAUGAGAGCGCCACAGGAGCGUCCAUAGGAAUUGCAGGGAGUCAGGGAGCCGUCGGGCUUUAGGCGUGCGUCACUUUGUGUGCCUCGUCAAGGGAACUGCGUGGAGAGGAAAGCGGUAAGUGAGCAGAAACCCAAAUAAAAAGAAUUGAACAAACACCUGCGCCGGGACAGGUACCUCCGAAGGACGUGUGAAGAUGACUUUCGGUUCACAGGAGACUUAGAGGAAGCUGAUAGGCUGCUUGCUGAAACCUUUGGACAGAAAAGCUGUUAUGUCUUCUUCUUUUGAAUAACUGGUGCCAAACUUUAGAAACUUUAGAUUCAAGCCAAAUCAGAUCAGUCUGUAGCUGUAGCUUUUGGUGAGGUCAAUCAUCAAAACAGUCAACUUUGAGUCAGAACAUCUGUCUCUGUACUUUUAAGCUCUUUUCUGAUCAUAAGACUGAAUACAGUUAGAAGAAGAAUCAAGAUAUCCCAACAUUCAGUAGGUUUUUGUGAUGAAAAUAACAGCACUAAUACUCCAUGACUUGGAAUGGACCGAGAUUUGAUCCUCAUUCACAUGCUAUCACACACCUGGAACUGGGCUAUCGCUGUAGGCACUGUGAGCCACUGACUCCUGGGAGCCCCAACCCUCCCCAAUGAAGCAGUCCUGGUGGGCCCGCCUGGCACAGCCCAGCCUGCUUGCUGCAUGGACCUGUAUAUGGCUGGUGCAGGGAUGCGGACCGGGUCCCGGGUACGGCAGCGUCCGCCCCAGGCACAGAAAACUCACAGCCAUGCACUACAAGCAGUUUUUCCCCAACUUCUCAGAGAACAACCUCGGGGCCAGCGGGAGAGCAGAGGGCAAGAUCACACGCAACUCUGAGCGCUUCAACGAACUUGUGUGCAACUACAACCCAGACAUUGUCUUCAAAGAUGAGGAGAACACCAACGCAGACCGCUUCAUGACCAAGCGAUGCAAGGACUGUUUGAACAAGCUGGCUAUCGCAGUGAUGAACCAGUGGCCAGGGGUACACUUGCGUGUGACAGAGGCCUGGGAUGAAGACGGUCACCACCCUCCUGGCUCUCUGCACUAUGAAGGCCGGGCCGUGGAUAUAACCACUGAUGACAGGGAAACAGAGAAGUAUGGUCUCCUGGCCCAGCUGGCUGUGGAGGCUGGCUUUGACUGGGUCCACUAUGAGUCCAAAUAUCAUAUCCACUGCUCCGUAAAAGCUGGUAAGUUUAAAGAGGGAGCUUUCAUAGAAGGUCAUGCUGUUAACUGUGUCAAAUGCCAUCACAUCGCUGUAUGGUGUAUCAGGACAUUUAAGACAAAAAAGGAACAUAAUCUGUGUUUAGUCAUCUUGGCUUUUUCUGCUGACCUUCCUGCAGAUCACUCUGUUGCAGUGGAAAAAGGUGGCUGUUUCCCAGGCUGGGCCCGGGUGACUGUAGCUGGAGGGGGGCAGAAGAGCCUGUCAUCACUGGCUCCUGGGGACAGAGUCAUGGCCCUGUCUGGGACAGGCCAAGUCGUGUUUAGCCAAGUCAUCCUGUUUCUGCACCGGGACCAAGAAAGCUGGUCUACUUUCCUGUCUCUGGAGACAGAGGAUGGCCAUAGAUUGGCCCUCACUCCACAUCACUUGGUCUUUUUAGCCCCCUAUUGCAGACUCGACAGCAGUGAGCACCAGGCUCAGUUUGCUAGCAGAGCCAAAACAGGAGACUGUGUUCUCAUCCAUACAGCAGAGGGUCACGUACGUCCAUCUCGAAUCAUCUCAGUUUCAGUAGAGGAGAGCCUGGGAGUGUAUGCGCCCUUGACAGACGCUGGAACUUUGUUUGUUGAUGGCGUGCUUGCAUCCAGCUAUGCACUGGUGGAGAACCACAGACUCGCACACUGGGCGUUUGGACCUCUGCGACUCCUCUCCUCAUUCAACCAGCUACUGUGGGGGGAGACAACAAAAGAACAGCAGACCACUGGUGAAACAGCUCGCACUAAGACUCCAUUUCAUUGUAGCACUUUGGCCACAAAGGAUAAAGCAGGUGUAUAUGUGAAUAAUGGCGUUCUGAACAAACGAGACAAUCUGAGUGAACCUCUGAGGAUUGGAAUCAAAGAGAAGCGCUCCUUGCAAAGACAGACAUCAGAUGUGCACUGGUAUGCUAGAUUACUGUACAGUUUUGGAUGCAUCUUUUUAGACUCCAACUCCUUUCAUCCUUAAAAGCCUAAAACUAUAGACUUAUAUUCAAAAUACAUGUACUGCAAUUUUGAUACAUUUACCCUAAUACUUCCUGUUCAUUUCUUCAAUAAAUUAAAAGCAUUGGAAUGACUUGCUUGUUUUUUUUUUUUUUUUUUUUUUUUUUUUUUUUAUUAUACUCUAUCAUAAUGAUAUGCUAAUACAUAUAUGCAGACACAGAUUGUCUGAGCAGGUUGAUGUAAAAAUGGUAAUACCAAAAUGACUGUAUUAUAGUCUAUUUGUACAUCAAGUUAUUUCUUUAAUUAUUUCAGUUUUAUAUGUAAAAAUAUAUAUAUAUAUGUAUUAUUCUAAUGGGAUGUAAUGCAUUUUCCCACAAUAGAAUCUUUAUUUUUGUACUUUCUGAAUCAUAAUAUAUAAAUGUUUCAUUUUAUUAUAAUUCCACUACAUGUACUGUAUGUCCUCACAUGUUUUCAUGUCAUAAAACAAAUUAAAAUGUAAUUUUAUUAAGCAACACUGUUCUUUUUUCAGAUGUGGAGAAAAUUUUGUUUGUUAAGCUGAUUUACCUUUUGCUCAUUUUGGAAAAGAAUUUAUGUAAAAGUUCAUUUCCAGGGCUCAUUUUGUUGAGCGUUAUGUAUGUCACCAUGGAAAUCCAGUCUGAGGGAAUGACUGGUUAAUAAAAAGCCCAGGCAUACUUAAUAUUCCCCACACUGUGCCGCCACCUUGACUUUAUCACAGGCGCACACUUUAUCACACAGCUACUUCAAGGGAGUUAUCAGGUUUCUUAGAAGAGACAGUUUCAUUAGUAUCUACUGAUCAAUUAGGGUCACAAGUACUGUAUCUGUUAGUACUGUCGUACAGUCCAUUGUGUCUACAACUUUCUAAUUUGCUAAAGCCCAUGCUCCAUACUUGCACCAGUUUGUACUAUACAUUUCAACAUUUAAUUUAACAGUUGCUAUUAAACAUCUACUUUAAUUAUGUUUACUGUAAAACAAUGUUUCAAAGAUUCAUAAUCAUGUGCAGGGUUAUACUCAAUAAAUCCAGGGUCAUACACCCCCUUGUGGAGGAACUGGUAUAACCCCUGUGAAUUAUCCAUGUCGUUUCCUAAAUUUCUCCAUACACAUUAUAAUGAACUCUAAACUCUAAUUUAAUAAACCAUGAUUUGACUUAAUUUAUAACACUUUUAGUUUAUUGGUAACUGCCAUCAACAAUAAUACAUUAUUAAUUUGCAAUUUUUUCAGAGAAUCCAUUUUACAGCACUGACAAUGCAACAAAUAUAUGAAUGGAGCAGUCCGCACUAUCAAAAUCAUGAACAGAAAACAAACUCCAAACAGACCAAACUACAUCCUAUAGAGGUAGACAUCAGUGUUUUUUUCCAAUUAAAUUUAUUUAACUGUAAGAAAAGGUACAUUGCAUUCCCCUGUUCCGGUUUAUGUUCUGUUGUAAACAUCUGUGGAGGUAUUCUAGGGGAUUAUCCUUGAGAUGCAGGAGGCAGAUGGGAAAGCACUCGUUCUACUGACUGGCCAAUGGGAGAGGCCUGGUGUCCUAAUACCACCCUCGAUUUACAUCCAUUGGCCAAUCAGUCACUGUCUUCCAACCAGUCUCAGCCUCCCAAAAUCUAAUCCAAUCUUGCUAAAGCUGAAUGGGGAGUUAACUAAUCCUGUCAGGGGGCCCAGUAACAACCUGUUUUCAAAAUGAAAACCUGCACACCCCACAGCAGAGAUACUCACACAUUAACCAAACAAAUAUGUUGUUUGUUUGUUAUAUGCAUCAUCUUUCCAUGGCCUUGUAAUGAAAAUUAAUUAAUUACUUCACAUGCCAUACCUGAAGAAUCGGGUCAAUAUUUUUUGUAUGGCAUACAUCAGAUCUUAUCAAGCCAUAUGUGAUCGAAACUUCAGCUCUCUUCUCACAGGCUGAUUUUUCAAUUAUUUAAACACCUCUGCAAUCAAUUAUUUACCGUCUAUAAUCUAGUGAACAACUAUCAAAAACAAUGUGACUUAACUUGAUAUAAAACCACUUAACUGUUUAAAUAGUACUGGUAAGUCAAGAAUUCGUGAUUUUAAAAAGCAUAGCCCUCUAAGAACUGCUGUUGAUUACUUUAAGGUUUUGUGCACACGAAUAGCUCAUGAUCAUUAUGAAAAGAAACUAAAACUUCAAACCAGAUUCUUUGGGUGUAUAUCAGUUGAAGCUAGUCUCUUAAGUGCUAUCACAACCAAAACAUUCAUAAUUUCAUUCCAAAUGUGGAAGACAAUUCCUUAUUUAAUUGCAUGGAGAUUUGCCAACAUUCACCCUGUUGAUAAGAAUUCUUUGAACGCGUUUCUCUUCAGCAGGCUCAUCUGAGCCCUGAGGUGCACAUUUUGUACACAAGCUUCUACACAAAUACAUUAAAACAGAAAUUUCACAGUGCAGGGUCAACUGCAGAUCACCCCCCUGCAGCAGAUGCUUUCUCAUUGCCUACAGAAGAGUGCACAAUAUAUUUCACAUGAGCCGUCAGGCAUUUGUGUGAAAUCACUAACAUUACCUUAGCAGAUGCUCUUCUCUACAGUUACUUAUAAGUGUUGAGUUAUAGCUUAUAAGUAAGCUACUUACCUGUAACAGUUCAGUGUUUUUCUCUAGGGCAUGACAGGAGAUAUACAGAAGCUGAUGUGGAUUAAACCUGUGACCUUCUCACAAUGGGACAGACUGUCACCCAACCUAAUUUUCUGCAAGUUCAUAGGAUCAUUCCAUUGACAGCCUAGCUUUACUGUGUGUAGUGCCUCAGGCUUUUGCUUCACAGUGUGGCCCAUGAGAGGGCGGCAUGGGAAGGCUGUUGUCUUGAUUUAAGAACUACACACACACAAGAGGAUUCGGAAGAUCUGGUAGUACAGCCUCAUAGUCUACAGAAUGAAAUAAAUGUUUUUUUCAUAAAAAUUCCUUUGGGACAGUGCCACACUUUAUGAUAAAUAGAUAAAUAAAAGCUUCAAAAAUAUGCAUUUCUCUGAGGACUUUCUGCCCUUAUCUCAAUAACAACUGAGUAGUUGGGUUCACUAGUUUUUGUUGUGACAAUAUUGCACUAUGUCACUCAGUCCUCCAAAUUAAAUUAACAGUUAAACUAUUGAGAAUACUCAGAGCAGCUGUCUUGAACCUGUCCUUCCUGGGUCAUCCUUGCCAUUGUGAUUUUCUCACAAUGAUAAGGAAACCAUAUGAAGGCCAACAACCCAAUCCGACCCACACAGGUUCGGUCUAAUGUUCAGUUAGAUUGUGAUUGCUCCUUACCCUAGAUGAAGAUCAGAUUUGAACUUCCAUUACAUGAACAAAUGAUAAAUAACUAAGUAAGAAAAUUAACUUAAAUUAUCCACUUGGUAUCCAAUAAUUAACUGUCAGGGUUGUAAAGUGUAGCGUACUUGUCUGCUGGAUGGCAGAGUGUGCUUUCAAGACAAUAUAGUAUUCUUUAAGUUCUGUACAAUUACUUCAGUUUGAUUAUUCAUCGCCAUGUCAUUAUAUAGAUUUUACAAGUAGGGCAUAUGCCUGGGGAAUAAAGUAAAACAAUGUCGCCACAGAUAUACAGCUUUAAAACAUGUCAAAAUGAGCAA